AUGUCGGCACAAGUCAUCAGAACCCCGAUGCCGCUGACAUCGGAACAGUUAGUGGGGAUAACAAAUCGGGUUAAGGAUGAGAGCGACAAGUGUUUUGACGCAAAGGAGGAAUACAUCCUGCGUCAGAUGGUCACUUUGGCUAAGAAGCAUAUCGUAUGUGACGAUGGACUGAGGUACGUUCUCAAGGCAGUGGACUUAUCCAAUUGGAUUAUGGAAGCAGCUUUGGUGAGGAAAGUGAUAAAUCGGGUGAUUGUACCCUCUCUUUGGAGAGAGGAAGAGGAUGAAGCUCUGUUCAAGCAUGAUUUCAAAAGAUUUCUGAUCCAAGACAGAGAUGAUUUGAGCAGAAGAGGAUUGGCACGUCAGAUAUUUAGAGGGAUAGUCUAUCAAGGAGAUGAAGUGGUCCAAUCAAUUUCCUACCAGGAGAUACAGUUGCUGUUGAGGAUGAGAUCGCUUUGGAAUUGGCAGAAAUUUGAAUGCGGGAUUGACCUUGCGGUUUGCUGGUUGGAAUGUGGUAUGCACAUCGACAUCGAUGGAUUUUUAAAAGAAGCAUACCAUCAUCGAAGGAGUCUUGGGACAGCUCAACAACCAGAAUGA